AUGCCUUUUUGCCUGGUUCUGAAGUUCCCUGGUACAGCGCCCGGGUUGUCUCUGCCCCCCAGGGAGCAGGUGUCUGCGUGUGUUUCCAUCCUGGAGCGGCUUCUGCAGGCCCUGGACCCGCUCUAUGUGAUCCAGAACCUUCGAGAGGAGCUGCAGAAAGGGCUUUUCCACCCCGACGACUCGGUGAAAAUCCUCACUAUAUCUCAGGUCGGGAGGAUUGUUGAAAACUCAGAUGCUGUCACAGAAAUUCUCAACAGUCCUGAACUACUCAGGCAAAUAAUAAAUUGCAUUGGUGGAGAGAAAAUAGCAGUGGCUAAAGAGGCCAUCAAAUCUCUCUCCAGGAUAGCACAGACACAGGCUGGGUUGGAGGCUUUAUUUGUGAGCAGCUUGUUGAGUGACCUGAAAAAUGUCAUGGCCACAAGUGACGUUGUUCGGUACCGAGUCUAUGAGUUAAUUGUUGAGAUCUCUUCGGUGUCAGCAGAGUCACUAAAUUACUGUGCAAACAGUGGAUUGAUAUCAGAGUUAAUUGGAGAGCUGACUGGAGAUGAUGUGCUGGUCAGAGCUACGUGCAUAGAGAUGGUGACCUCCCUGGCCCACACCUCCCACGGGCGGCAGUACCUCGCUCAGCAAGGAGUCAUUGAUAAAGUCUCAAACAUCAUCCUUGGGGCAGAGUCUGAUCCCUUCUCAGGCUUCUAUUUACCAGGAUUUGUUAAAUUCUUUGGAAAUCUGGCUGUGGUUGAUAGUCCACAGCAGAUCUGUGAACGAUACCCUGUCUUUAUGGAGAAAGUCUUUGAAAUGGCAGAAAGUCAUGACCCAACUAUGAUUGGAGUGGCUGUGGACACACUGGGAGUUCUGGGGUCAAACGUGGAAGGCAAACAGGUUUUACAGAAAACUAGAAGCAGAUUUCAAAACCUGUUGAACAGAAUAGGGCACCAGGCCAGAAAUGCCCCUGCGGAGCUACGGCUGCGCUGCCUGGAUGCAAUUUCAUCUCUGCUUUAUUUGCCUCCAGAGCAGCAGACAGAAGACCUUUUAAGAAUGACUGAAUCCUGGUUCAGCUCCUUGUCUAGCCAGCCACUGGAGCUCUUCAGGAGCAUCAGUACUCAGCCCUUCCCUGAUCUCCACUGUGGAGCCUUACGGGUAUUUACUGCGAUUGCAAAUCAACCGUGGGCCCAGAAGUUGAUGCUUGACAGCCCAGGGUUUGUGGAGUAUGUGGUGGACAGAUCUGUGGAGCCUGACAAAGCUUCAAAGGAUGCCAAAUAUGAACUGGUGAAGGCCCUGGUAAACUCCAAAACAAUUGCAGAAAUCUUUGGCAACCAGUAUUACCUGAGGCUGAGGGCCUACCUGCGUGAAGGCCCUUACUAUGUUAAGGCAGUUUCUACUACAGCUGUGGAAGGAGCAGAAUAA